AUGGCUAAAGCUUCAUCACUUAUCGUAAAUUUCCUUAGGCUAAACCCUAGAACUGGUCCAAACCCUAAUACCCAAAUCAGAAAUCUCACUAUAGAAUCCAAAGAAACUAGUUUUAUCGUUAAGGAAUUUGUAGAGAAUCAAAAACCAUGUGAAGAAAAGUUGAAUGAUUCUGUAAAGCAAUCUAAUUUAGACAUUGUCAAACAAGUUUGCAAGAUUACUAGAACAGUUCCUAGAUGGGAGGAAACACUGGUUUCACAUUUCCCCUCUUUUAAUUUUUCGGAACCCUGGUUUUUCCGAGAGCUUUUGAGACAUCAAGAUAAUGUGUUUUUCUCUCUGCGUUUCUUUCAUUGGCUGCGGUCUGAAUACGAAUUUUCGCCAGACUUUGAUUCGUGUAAUAUGCUCUUUGAUAAGCUUGUGGAGGCUAAGGCUUCCAAAGCAGCAAGAAAUUUUCUCCAACAGACCGGUUUUGAGCCCAAGCCAGGUUCUUUAGAGCGUUACUUAAGAUGCCUUUGUGAAAAUGAAUCGGUUGAAGAAGCUGUUGAUGUGUUCUCAAUCUUGAGUGAGAUCGGUCAUCGUCCAUCAAUAGAGACCUGGAAUUUAGCAUUAUCGGCUUGUCUUAAGGUUGGUAGGAAUGAUCUUAUGUGGAAAUUGUAUCAGGAUAUGGUAGAAUCCGGUAUAGGGGUCAAUAUUGAUGUUGGGACCCUUGGGUGUUUGGUUCAAGCCUUUUGUAUCGAUGGGAAAGCUUCAAAAGGUUACAAAAUUCUUCAGCAAAAUUUGGCUGAUGGGUUGGUGCCGGAUACGGUUGCUUUUCACAAAUUGAUUGCGGCUUUCUGUAAGAUGAAGGAUUAUGGUAGAGUAUCUCAACUUCUUCACACAAUGAUUGCUACAGAUCGUGCUCCCAAUAUCUAUACAUAUCAGGAAGUCAUCAAUGGGCUUUGUAAGAACAGAAAGUGGUUGGAAGGUUUCCGGAUUUUCAACGAUCUCAAGGAUAGAGGGUAUUCUCCGGAUAGGGUCAUGUAUACAACAAUAAUUCAUGGGCUAUGUAAGAUUGGGGACAUCAGGGAAGCCAGAAAGCUUUGGUUUGAGAUGAUUAACAAGGGAAUGGUUCCAAAUGAAUACACUUAUAAUGCACUGCUUUAUGGUCUUUAUAAGGUCCAUAACCUCAAAGAGGCUGAGACUCUAUAUAAGGAGAUGCUCGAAAAAGGUUAUGGUGAAAUGACAGUAAGUUACAAUACCAUGAUAGCAGGGUUAUGUUCACAUGGGAAGACGGAUGAAGCUUAUCGUUUAUUUGAAGAAAUGCCUCGAAAGGGCGUUGUUCGUGAUUUGAUCACGUUCAACAAUCUGAUCCGGGGCUUUUGCAUGGAAGGAAAAGUCGUUGAGAGUCUAAAUCUGCUUCAUGAACUCUUAGCACAGGGUUUACAGCCAUCUGCUUCAUCAUAUACCCCUAUUAUAAAAUGCCUAUGUCAAGCCGGUCAUAUCGAAGAAGCUGAAAGUUUGUUAAAUGACAUGCAGAGUCAAGGUCUAGAACCGAAAGAUUGUACUCGCAAUCACUUAAUUUUUGGAUUAUGCAAGCAAGGACAUGUUGCAGAAGGAAUGGAACGGUUCAAAAAGAUGCUGGAGAAUCAACUCAAACCGCAAAAGAAGACUUUCGAGAAACUGGUUCAAUCUCUCUCGGAAAGUGAUAGGUUGGAUGAUUCUUUACUUGUUCUAGAUUUUAUGUUUAGAUUAGGUUAUGCACUUAAAACAAGCAUAUGCCAUUCUAUUGUUACCAAGUUUUGCCAAAGGAAUACUCAUCUGGUUGAAUCAUGUUUAAGUGAGGUCCUAGAAACAAAUUAA